AAAUACCAUUUUAGAACCAGUGCUGCGCCCGCAGCCCCUUUGACAGAGUAAGCAGCUGGGGUCCAAGCCUUCCGUAUACCCCAGGUUCAAAGAUCUGGUAUGUACACACGUGUUAGUAUUCGACUUCACAUGAAAAACAUGCGGCGUUAUCUUAUCUACGGAUGUGAUACAGACCUGUAUUAUAAGUCUAGAUGGCGGCUAAAAGUAUUCACACCAAGUUAUUCGGUCGAGCGUUGUUAUCGUUCCCUUCACGGACGCUCUAUCGCUCUUCACAUACACCUUCCACCAUGACAUCCCUAUCAGCCCGCAUUGUCAUACGUGCUGCGAAUCGCGAACUCGAGGUUCCGACUGGCCUGUUCAUCAACAACGAGUUUGUUCCCUCCGCGGAUUCCCCUAAUGAUCUCAUCCACCUAGUCAACCCUGCAACAGAGGAAAAUAUAUGCUCCGUGGCAGCUGGCUCAGUGAAGGACAUAGACAUAGCGGUCACGGCGGCUCGCAAAGCUUUCAAUACCACAUGGGGGAAAAAUGUGACUGGUUUCGAAAGGUCUAAGCUCCUGAAUAAGCUGGCAGAUCUUAUAGAGAGGGAUCAGGAUAUACUCGCAGAGGUCGAAUCUUUGAAUAACGGCAAGCCAUUCAAAAUCGCGAGGGAUUUUGAUAUCGGGGACAGUAUCCAGUGCUUGCGGUACUAUGCGGGGUGGGCUGAUAAAAUAACCGGACAAACUAUCGAAGUCGACAACAAAACCAAGCUUGCUUUCACUAGGCACGAUCCUAUCGGGGUUUGCGGACAAAUUAUUCCAUGGAAUUACCCAAUCAAUAUGUGGGCAUGGAAAGUUGCCCCUGCCCUUGCAUGCGGGUGUACCAUCGUUAUGAAACCUUCCGAACUUACCCCUUUGACGGCUCUUAUGCUAUCGAAGCUUAUCGUUGAAGCCGGUUUUCCACCAGGCGUGGUGAACACGAUUCCUUCCCUGGGAUCUGUUGGCGGUGCGGCCUUAUCAAUGCAUAUGGAUGUAGAUAAGGUUGCGUUCACCGGGUCUACAGUAACUGGCCGCAAGGUCAUGGAAGCCGCGGCUAAAAGCAAUCUGAAGAAGGUGUCUCUGGAGUUGGGUGGCAAGUCACCCCAGUUAGUUUUCGAGUCCGCGGAUCUGGAGCAAGCCGCAAACUGGGCUUGCCUCGGUAUUUUAUACAAUACCGGCCAGGAUUGCACGGCAGGAUCUCGUUUGUAUGUUCAGGACACAAUUUACAAUAAGUUUGUCUCCCUCCUCGUCUCUAAAGCCAAGGAGCUCGUGAUCGGCGAUGGCUUCGACGAGAAGAGCGGUGGUGGGCCCUUGGUGUCCAAAACUCAAUUCGACAAGGUUUGGCGAUAUAUUGAGAGCGGUCAGGCUCAAGGCGCAAAGGUGGCUCUGGGUGGCCAAAAGCGUCCUGGCAAGGGUUUCUUUGUUGACCCUACGAUUUUCACGGACAUUAAUGCGAACAUGGAUAUCGUCCGAGAUGAGAUCUUUGGGCCGGUUCUGGCGGUGGGCCGGUUCAAAACUGAAGAGGAAGCCGUUUCACUGGCCAAUGACACAUCUUACGGCCUCGGUGCUGGUUUACACUCCAAUGAUGCAAAUCAGUGCAUGCGUGUCUCGUCUGCUCUUGAAGCUGGAACGGUUUGGAUCAAUCAGUACAAUUUGUUGAAUAACAAUGUCCCGUUCGGCGGGAAAAAGCAGAGUGGUAUCGGCCGUGAACUUGGAAGUUAUGCCCUCGAGGAGUACACUUCGGUCAAGGCUAUUCACUGGAACUUUGGAGAGAAACUCGAUUGGCCGCUGUAGUGGCAAAACUGACACCACCGAACUUGAGUACCGUCAACAAUUGUAUUUUUACUUGUAUAAUAUUGUAGCUGACCGCCAUUCAAACAAUGUCCGACUGUAAUGAUGUUGAUGUUGAUGUUCUUGAGAGUUUCCACAACUUCGUCACCGCAUACAAUACUUGUCAAGCCACAAGGAAUGUACGCGCUUCAGACGAAACCGCGCCGUGACGACACAGAUAACAACAAACAAAGAGUUCAGACAACUCAUCUUCGAUGGACUGCACAUCUAAAAUGGGCGGCAGGAACGACGGACCGACG